UAUAUAGCAAGUGUAACCGUAGUUUUCAGAAUAAGAAACAACUAAUAAAACAUGGAGCUGAAAAGUAAUUCGUCCGCAGUCAAGAGAGAUGAAAUCGACCGGCCAUUAGCUGAUUUUCCGGUAAACAUAUGGGCAGAUCCUUUGACAUCUUUCUCAGUUUCCCACCCGGAAAGUGAGAGAAACAAAGAAAAGCUGACCUCGCUGAAGGAAACUGUGAAGGAAUUGUUUAUGGCUUCGAAAGAGAAACCUAUAGAGAACAUUAAGUUGAUGGAUGCUUUGUGUCGCCUCGGUGUUUCCUAUCACUUUGAAGACGAAAUCCUCGAGCAGUUGGAGAAGAUGUUCGGUUGUCAUGAUUUCAUGCAGAUGAUAAGAGACAGUGAAUCCGAUUUAUAUACCGUUUCCCUUGUCUUCCAGGUUUUUAGGCAGUUCGGCUAUAAGCUCUUUGUCAAUGUGUUUGACAAGUUCAAGAACAAGGAUGGAGAUUUUAAAGAGCACCUAGCUGAUGAUGCGAGAGGUUUGUUAUGCCUUUAUGAAGCUGCUCACUGGAGCACCCAUGGAGAAGACAUUCUAGAUGAAGCACUCACUUUCUGUAGAUCUCAUUUGGAAAGAUUGGUCUCUUGGUCUAGUCCUCAUCUCGUGGUCCGCAUCAAAAACGCCCUCAAGCAUGCAUACCCUAGGGGUAUCUCAAGGAUAGAAACAAGACAAUAUAUCUCAUACUAUGAAAAAGAAGAUGCUCACGAUCAAAUCUUGCUUGAGUUUGCUAAGGUAGAUUUCAAUCGACUUCAAAUACUAUACCGAGAAGAGCUUGGCCAAGUCUACAGGUGGUACAAAGAUCUAGACCUCAGCUCGAAAUUGCCAUAUGCAAGGAAUAGGACGGUCGAAAGCUACUUGUGGGCGGUUGGGGCAUAUUUUGAACCUUGCUACUCUAAAGAAAGGAUUACAUUGGCCAAAUUUAUUAUCAUAUUGACGCUGGUUGAUGAUACAUACGAUGCGUAUGGUACAAUUGAGGAACUCGAACCAUUUACAGAUGCUCUUAUAAGGUGGAAUCCUAGUGGCACAGAAGGGCUCCCGGAAAACAUGAGGUAUCUUCACCAUGUUGUGUUAAACUUUUUUGACAAACUUGAUGAAGAUAUGGAGAAGGAAGGGAAGUCGGGAUGCGGCCUUUACGCAAAAAAAUCGAUGAUGGUAAAUGCUAGAGCAUAUCUUCGAGAGGCAAAAUGGUUGAGCCAAGACUAUGUGGCUACAUUUGAUGAGUACAAAGAGAACGGAAUUUAUUCAGCAUGUUACUUAGCUAUUUUAACAGUAUCCUUUCUAGAAAUGGUGGAUGAAGCUACACUAGAUGUGUUUAAAUGGCUAAGCACUAUCCCGCCACUUCUAGUGAGUUCUGCACUAAUUGCCCGACUUUGUGAUGACAUUGCGACCUCCGAGUUUGAACGUAAAAGAAAGCAUGUAGGCACAGCCAUUGAUUGUUAUGUGAAGCAAUAUGGUGUUUCACGGGAGAAAGCCUUAGAAGAGGUAAAGGUCAUGGCAUUGGAUUCAUGGAAGAGUCUUAACCAAGAACUGAUGACGAGGCCUCAGCCGUUUCCUUUCCCUAUCAUCGUCCGAUUCCUACACCUCUCAAGGGUCAUCGAGGUUUUCUACAAAGACACUGACAUUUUCACACAACCUGAGUUGAUGAAAGAUUAUGUGGUUUCGUUGUUCCUUGAAAACAUAGUUAUUUGAUGAGAAAUCUAUGAAUUGUGUGUAAAAUAUGUGGCUUUCUUGGGUCGCAUUUAUCACAUGUGUGUCUGUCUAUUUUGUUUUAUUUUCCAUGUACAAGUGUUGAGUGAAAAAUAAGUGGCUGUCUUUGGUUACAUGAUCACAUGGAGUUUGUGUUUUUGAAAUCCUAGAUGAAUGCACCAUUUGUUUAUAUGUUGUAUCUUUAUUGUAUAAUUGCG